AUGGCAGCUCACCUGGUGCUCUGGUUCGCUAGGCUGGUCCUGAAUUCUGGCUUUCACCUUAGGCAGGCAGUCCUGGUGGUCGAGCCUCAGCAAGACUCUGAGCUGCCCAAAGCCUCAAAGCGCAAGGCCACCCCCAGGAUCGACCUCGACGCCCACUACAAGCAUCAGAAAAUCAACAAGGAGCGUGGAAGGCUCCUCACACUUGCGUCACUAGGCGCAUCGUCCACAGACAGGCAGCGAGCAGCAGCUAGAGUUGUAGAUACCACACACAUCAUAAAGCGCGGAAUCAUCUGCAAGCCACGCAAUCACACCCCACCGCUCGAAUGCUACAAGCCCAGAAAGGGACAUCUUACCACUGGUAGUCACAAGCCGGCACCGCCCCCAGAGCUCAUAACCUCCAACGCUGUUUCCCCCAUCAUUGUUGCUCCACAGCCAGUGCGACCCCUUUCCAACUUCGUUAAAGUCAACACACAUGCACAACCCAUUCGCCCUCUUCCAUCCAAAGUCAGGCCCACCCUCCACAUCGAAACACUCAAGAAGCAGGUCUCCGCUACCCGCUUCAGACUACAACCGAUAUUAGGAGUGUUCUGGGAGAGAAUUGAUCAGGACAAACAAAAGAAGGUACAACUCCUCGCAUCGGAGUUAGACAAAGUCUGCGCAGACCUCUACAUGGGAACUCACGAAUACACCUUCGUCGACAAACAGGUCAUCAACACGUGCUGUCUAGAAAUAGGAAGGAUCAACUUCAAGGAGAUAGGGAAGCAGCAGAGGUUAGACGAGAUCUUUAACUACAUCUACAUCACAAUGGAAGGAGCCGAUCGUGCAUAUGCAUCCAUGUUCAGGCAAAGAAUGGAUGACAUUCUGCAUACAAACGUCGAGUCAGCACAUGACGGAAGCACCCCACGCGCCUCGCAGCGCAAUUCACCAGAACCUGCACUAGGACCGCAGGAUUCUGCAUCGCAAGUUGGAGGACCAGCGUCCCCAACCCCAUCACUCUUACCUGCCUAUGUUCCCCCCAUCUGGGAAUUCGACGGACACCAGUUCGAGCAUCUAGAAGAUGCGCUCAGACAGUCCGCUCCUGGAGAAGUCCCGGAUCACAUCCGCGAAUGGGUUAUUGUGGCGAUGAAGCUCACGGUCAGUACCGAAGUCGCCAAGGUCUACAAUGUGCUCGGAAACAAGAUGUACGAGCACAAGAAAGCCUUCGAGUCACUAAUCCAAAACAACAAGAGCGAACACCGACUCAAAGAAGGAAUGCUCCAGACAGAGAUCGGGAAGCUCAAGGAUAGGAUCCUCGUGCAAGAUGCGCAUAUGACAGUUUUGAAUGAUGAGCUCACUGUCACAGCGGCAAUGCUCAAUACGGGCAAAGAAAUGAUGGAAAUCAAGGCAGCUAACGUCAAGCUGCGACAUGAGCUAGCUUCGCUCAAAGCAAGCGGCGUCACUGUGAUGCAAGGUCAAAUGUCCGGCAUGGUCCAAUCACACAAACCCCACAUCAAAAUUGCUGAGCCUCCACACUACUCGAGCAAAGGAAGUCUGGAGGAUUGGCUCCAACAACUCGGUAUAUGGAUGCGGUGGAAUGAGAUCAAUGAUGACGAGCACAAGAUCACCAUGGCCCUGCUGCAUUUGGAAGGAGGCGCAUUCACAUACAUGUCCAAAUAUGCGACCAGAGCAGCAGCACGGCAGGCACUUGGCACAUGGGAAGACUUCAUCAACAUUCUCAAAGUAAACUACAGGACCCUCGACCCGGACAAGGAUGCGCAGCAGCAUUUGAAGGAUAUCUGCGGCAAGACGUAUCCCACAAUGGUAUCCUUCGCAGAACAGUUCCAUCAAUGGGCCACUAAGACCAACUUAGGGCACACUGCACUCAUCGGUUACAUCGCUGAACACCGAAGCAAGGACGUACGCCAGGCAAUGGUCACACGAGACAGCCUAGGAAUUUCCAACCCCAUCACAUGGCUGGAAUACCUCGAUCUGUGCCUUCAACUGGAGUCCAAGUUCAGAGCCGACAAAGCAGGACAAUGCGGAACGGUUACAACAUCAUCAUCAUCGGCACCACGGGCCCUGAAAGACUCCAACGCAAUGGUCGUGGAUCGAGUAUCCACCCUCACCAAGGAACAAGAAGGAUGGCUGGAGAAGAAGCUGUGUGUACGAUGUGGGAAACACCCCUUCAUUUUUAAACAGCGAUGCCCAGACCCCAAGUACAAAGGCAAAUUCGAAAUGCCGAAACGGGGCCAAGCAACAAGGGCAAUUUCUUCAAACACAGCCUCAGACAUCUCCGACGACAGCAAGGCGAGAUAUGAAGCAGUCCGUGCUUUCAUCGCCAGCUACGACGCGAAGGGAAAGGAAAAGGAGGCAGAACCGGAACCAGCUGUUGAAGCAGCUAGGAUCACGGAGGUAGAAGAUGAUGAGGAUUUUCUUCAGUGGGUUCUCUGA